UUAACAGGCCGUGUGAUGGGAAACAUGACCCGGUCGGUCCCCGUCUCCCGCCGUGUCGUCCUCUCCUUCCUCGACUUCCUCAACUCCGUCGAGUUAGCUCCUGGGGCUGAUCCUGAAGCUCUUGAAGUUGCCAAGGAUUGCCUGGAGUCCAUAUUUAGUGUCAACUCAUCGUCAACUCGCGAGGGCGUGCAGCCAGGACUGUUACUUGAACUCUUUACUUCUCUGCAAGCUCAUGAACAAGAUAGGUCAAGACCAGAUCCAGUGUCACAGCCAGUGCCAAACAGACCAGCAUGCAGUGCAAGUCCUUCCAGUAUGCAAGAAGACUCAAAUAAAUGUACAACAUCAAAUAGUGAAGACCAAGCUGAAGACACCUUUGACCUAGAUCAUUUAGGAGAUGAGCUGUUUGUGAAAUUCUAUGCCGCGCUUGAUGAAAUUAAUUUCUUCAAGACAUCAUCCGCUGGUACUGAGGAUCCUGGUCAACUUUCAAAAGCAUCACAAUUCUUCGAUGAUGCAUUACUGGAGGUGCGCAACUCGGGAAGAAAAACAGCAAGCUUAGUAGACCUGGCGGAGUUCUUUAAAUCGAAAGGAAACGACUUCAUGAGGUCAAAACAACACCUAAAAGCUGUAGAGCUGUACACGGGUGCCAUUGCAUUGAGCAAGAAAAAUGCCAUUUACUAUUGUAACAGGGCUGCUGCAUAUACCCUUCUUAAUAUGUGCAAUGAAGCUGUUAAGGACUGCUUGAAGUCAAUAGAAAUUGAUCCAAAAUACAGCAAAGCAUAUAGCCGACUUGGAUCUGCUUUCUUUGCCAUGGGGAAUUAUCAUGAUGCUUUAUAUAAGGGAUACUUGAAAGCCUCUGAGCUGGAGCCUAAUAAUGAAAAUGUUCGACAGAAUAUUGAGGCUACGAAAAAGAAGUUGGCUGAACAGCGAGCUCCACCAGGACAGGGUCAAGAAUCGCAAUCAUGGUUUGGUGGCCAGGGGAGCGACGGUCUUCCUUUCACAGUAUUCCCUCCUGGAAUUUCCCCCCCUCCUGAAUUCCUGGCCAAUAUCAUGAAUCGCGGGUCUGUUCCUGGUCAACAGCCACCUCAGCAUUCUGUAAAUAUAAAUCUGAAUGACUUCUUUGGUCAUGCAAAUGUCAAUGGGAAUCGCCAAGGACCAACGACUGGGAAUCCAGGCAACCAUACUCCACCAUCUCCUUUCCCAGCCAAUGCAGCAGUCCCUCCUGCUUUCUCAUUCAUGGGCUCAGGUAGUACGGAAGCAAACCACGCGCAUCAGGCUUCAGGUGAAUACAGUGGACCAGGCGCCCAGACGGAUGCGGGGGUCUACGUAAAUCUGGCAGGACAGGAGCAGGCUGCUGAGGCUCUGAGAGCUGUGAUGCAGAUGUUUGGACCGCAUAUGGGCCCAAACGAAGGCGCACCACCGAGAGGACCAGGUUCAACCUGAGAAGCAAAAAAAGGAAGUGCGUAAUGUUGUUCAUAGUCGGAUAUCUUCGCAGUGCUGUAUGGCUUCAUUGAUCACGUUGUUCUGGUAGUUUUGUUGUUGUUUAAACUUUGUCUGUGCUUAAAACUCUCCCUGGGCACCAUAUACCUGUCAUGUAACUCUCGUGCGAUGGAUGCAAAGGCAUGGUCUAGCAUAUAUAGGCCUGUGUUGGUUAACAACUGGUACCUAUAAAACCUUUUCAUGCUAUUUGCAUUGAAUUCCCUGGAUGUAGUAAUGUGUUUGUGUGUGUGCA